UGGAGCCCAGGAGACAAGCUCAGGGGCUGGUGCAGAGCACAGGGGUGGGGAGCGGCAAGUAAUGGCAUGGAGUGGGCACGCGGGCACUGACUGCAGGACUGAGGGGUCUGCCCUGGGGAGUCCUAGAGGCGUUUGUUCUAGCUAAAAAAUGAAGAAUGAAUUUGAGGGGGACAACGGGGGAGCAGGGAGACCUGUUGGGCUAAUGUCAGGGGCAACGGUGGGAUAUGAUGGCCUAGCUUGGGGCAGUAGCCGGGGGUGAGGAAGAAACUCUGGUGGGGCACCCACGAGUUGAGCUUUGCAAUGGGAAGGGUGGGUCUGCAAUGAGGGCGCUGUUAGCAGGACUGGUGGCCCAGUACCGCCCCUCACCUACCAUACUUUGUUAAGUCUCCUCACCUUUCUCAGUCCUGUGCUGCUGGGUGUAGCACUUAGGGCAGAUCCCUCCUGAGGGAAAGGGGCUGGUGUGGCUCUAACACUGAACUUCAGCUGGACCCCUGCCAGGAGCUGUGUGGGUGGCGCCGCAAGCUUUCAGGUGGCCCUCUGCUGUUCUUUGGUUCAGGUUAAUUACCUGGAGGUCUGCAGAUCCCAGCGGACCUAAGCCCUUUGAGCUCUUCCUUGUCGUCCUCUCCACCUGCCCGACUUCAGAUCUGACUGGAGGGCCGGCCUCCCCUCCCGUCGGGCAAGAUGCCCAUCCUCAAGCAACUGGUAUCCAGCUCGGUGCACUCCAAGCGCCGUUCCCGCGUGGACCUCACGGCCGAGAUGAUCAGUGCCCCGCUGGGUGACUUCCGCCACACCAUGCACGUGGGCCGGGCAGGGGAUGCCUUCGGGGACACCUCCUUCCUCAACAGCAAGGCUGGCGAGCUGGAUGCUGAGUCCCUGGACCAGCAGGCCACCUCCUCCUCCUCCUCCAAACGCAGCCUCCUGUCCCGGAAGUUUCGGGGCAGCAAGCGGUCACAGUCGGUGACCAGGGGGGACCGGGAGCAGAGGGACAUGCUGGGCUCCCUGCGGGACUCAGCCUUGUUCGUCAAGAAUGCCAUGUCCCUGCCGCAGCUGAACGAGAAGGAGGCCGCGGAGAAGGGCUCCGGCAAGCUGCCCAAGAGCCUGUCGUCCAGCCCUGUGAAGCAGGCGCAUGCCGGGGAGGGUGACCGAGAGGCGGCGGGCGCGGAGGAGGUGCCCCGGCGAAAUGGGGCUGCCGCCCUCAACUCCCGGGACCCCCUCCUUGAGGAACAGGCCUUCGGGGACCUGACGGAUCUUCCUGUCGUGCCCAAGGCCAGCUUUGGGCUGAAGCAUGCAGAGUCCAUCAUGUCGUUCCACAUCGACCUUGGACCCUCCAUGCUAGGCGACGUCCUCAGCAUCAUGGACAAAGAGGAAUGGGAACCGGAGGAGGAGGAUGGCGGUUACCAUGGUGACGAGGACCCAGGCAGUCUCCCCCAGGAUCCCCCUUCUUCGGGGGCAGCGGCCCUUCCCCUGGCCAGGCAGGAAGGCAAGGGUGGCCGGGACUCAUCCCCACUGCCCUCACACGCGCCUCCACAGGACGAGGGGUGGGCCACGGUGGCCCCCAGCCCCGGCUCUGCCCGAAGUGUGGGCAGCCACACCACGAGGGACAGCAGCUCCCUGUCCAGCUGCACCUCGGGCGUCCUGGAGGAGCGCAGCCCUGCCUUCCGGGGGCCGGAUAGGGCCCGGGUCACUCUCUCCAGGCAGCCGGACAAGGAGUUCUCCUUCAUGGACGAGGAAGAGGAGGAUGAGAUCCGAGUGUGAGGCCGGAGGAGGUGGGGGCUCCGUGCUCUUGGCUUCAUCUCCCUGCCCCCAGCCCACCGCCACUCUCCCCCUCCCAUCCAGGGGCAGCCAAGAGCCUGGCUUCAGCCACAGACCCAGGACCUCAUGGAUGAGGGGCGUUGGCUGAGCCCGGGGGCCUGUGGAGGACUUGGGGGAGCUGGCCUGGGUGCCGACGGGUGCCUGACCUCCCCAGCUCUGUAGGAUGGGGCUGUGUUUUCCCAGCAGGAAUCAGUUUCCUUUCCUCCACCCUCGUCUCAAAUGGAUGCCAGAUGUCAACCUGAGUUCCUGCCUCGCCUCAAGCAUCAAUAGCAGGUCAGCGCGGGGAGGGACAGCCUCCGUGCCAGGGCUAAGGACACUCAGCUCUCCUUUUCUCUCCUGGCAUGUCUGCUGUGACUGGGGGUAAAUGAGUUCGACAGGAAGAAGGGGGUGGUCCCACGUCCCCGCCCCUCCCGCCCCCCUGCCUGGCUCCUGCACCUGGAGCCCUUUGGAGUAAAGCUGGACCGAAUGUGUACACUAAACGCGGCCCCUUCCGGGGAAGAGAACAGGAUGGGGAGCGGAAGGAAGGCCCCUGGGCUUCUUGAAUGUUCCAGACGGGGCUCUUCCAGGACGACACUAGGAACGGGCUGUAGCAGUUACUCGGCCCCUAUGGGUUUGUUCUUUCUUGUUAUGUUUAAAUCCUUCUAGAGCAAUAUCAGGAACAGUGUUUGUAGGUCUGCCACCACAAGGAACGUCGAGAGCCUUUUACUAAAUGCUUCCAAACUUUAUGUAGAAUUGUAUGGGGUAGGUGUCUGGGU